AUGUUAGCUCACAUUUUCUGCGUAACAAUAUCGAUAAGGAUUGCAUUAGUUUUCCAAUCUUCGGCGUGCCUGCAUAAAAACGAAGAAUUCUCUCUUUGCGGCUGGAAAUGCCCUCCCACUUGUGUUAAUUUGAGGCUGUUGGCAAAAAGUGAACAGCUGUGCCCUCUCCGGUGGGAGUGCAGUGUCGGAUGUCGGUGCUCCGCCGGAUACAUCAAGGAUGAAUACAGUAAAAAUUGUGUUUACGUCCACAACUGUCCUGCAUGUAUAUAUUAUGGCCGAAAUAACGAUCGCGGCCUUCAUUUGCAUCUUGGGAUCACAAUGGUUGUGAUUUGGGUGUGUAUUUGUGCAGCUAUACUGACUUUAGCCUCUUCGGCUCCUAUUGCUGAAGAUGGAGAACAAGAAUCUGGGUAUACGAACGUCGAUAACAGCCAUAUGGAUUAUAUGCGUGGAAAGAGGUUGAACAACAAUGUCUUCGCCAUCACACCUUGUGCUGCUGCCGCCGCCGCUGCCGCCAACUUACCAGUUCCAAGAUCCCAAGAAGCAUACGCAAACCUUGUACCUGCAGAAGCGUCAUAUUACGCCCCCAGUGCAUACGAUUACGCUACUUCCGGAUACGCAGGAAAUAUGUACAGGAUGGAAGACCCUUACAGAGACACCAGAGAAAUGUUAAGGUUCUCGGACACAAAUUUCAUGGAGCAAAUUCCGGCUGCAAGAUUCGCUUACAGGAACGCACCAGCCACCUACAUGCCUAUUCAUAGUGGUAUGGCGAGCUUGAACGACCAGUAUAAACCAGCGGCAACGGGUCCUGCGUAUGGAAUAUUCCCGAAUGCUAAUACCGGGACGUGUAGCGUUCCUCUCCUUUUUAGCUGUUCACCGUCGGUGGUAACAGGGCAGAUGGUGAAGCCCGAGACGCAUGUUUAUGGCAGCACUCCUUUAUCUCCUGGGAUAGUGUCACCGCUCUCACAUCCAGACGGUUAUCGUGGCGUGGACGACCAUAUGCAAAGAAAUCACGGUAAUCAGGAACAAUCUACGUACGAUACCUCAGUAAACAAAAUUGCUGGUCAUUCAAAUGACAAAUUGACGUGAGUUUUGUUAACCCGAUAUUGAUACCAAUGUAUGUAUUAUUUUAGUUUAGUUUCUGAGGUGUGCAACCAUAUUAGGAAUGAUUCAUGUAUGUUCGCUAAUUUUAGUUAAGUACCAGUACAUUUUAUAAAUGUUUUAAUGUAAAGUAAUUUAAGUAUUUUUAUUUUUUUUCAUGUUUAGUACUGUUCGGAAGGCGUAUGACGUAUUAUGUAUGUCAGAAUAAAUAAUUAAAUAAAGUAUACGAAA